UCUACCCUACCCUCGCCUCCCUCUUUCUCUCUCUACCCAACAACCCUUGUCUCCGUCCUCUCUCUCUCUCCCCAUGGCUCUCGCGGCUCCCACCUCCUCCUCGUCGUUACCUGAAGGAGACGCGGAGCCGGAGCCCUCUCUCUCUCCUCGCCCUAGAAAACCCCCUGGUCCAUGGACCCACGAAGAAACCCUAGCUCUGAUAGACGUUUACCAAGAGAAAUGGUUCUCUCUCAAGAGAGGCCAGCUUAAAGCUUCGCAUUGGGACGAAGUUGCAGAGCUCGUGUGCCUUCGUUGUGGCUAUUCUUCGCCUUCUAAGACCGCUACACAGUGUCGACACAAGGUCGAGAAGCUUCGCAAGCGGUACCGAACAGAGCGGCAGAAAAACCCUGAUUAUUCUUCGUGGCCGUACUUUCGAAAGAUGGAGUUCAUGGAGAGCCCUGGCCUCCCGAAGAAAAACCCUAACCCUCGUGCUAGCCCUAGCCCAAGCCCCAAUUCCUCCAUCCCCAAUGGCAUUCCUCUUCAGAAGGUGAGGUUUGUCUCUGAUACGGGACCAAGGCCCCUCACUUUCAAUGCAGUGAAAUUAAAUCGGGAAGAUGCAGAGAGGAGCUAUCUUCCUUCUCCUCCUCCUCAUCCUAGGUCGCAGAGGAGUUGCCCUUCUUCUAGGGCUGGGGUCAAACAUGCGAGAGAUCCUAUCUCCGAGCUUACUUCAGUUGUGAAGUGUAUUGGUGAGGGUUUCAUGAAGCUUGAGCACAUGAAGAUGGAAAUGAUGAGGGAUAUGGAAAGGAUGAGAAUGGAGAUGGAGAUGAAGAGGAUGGAGAUGGUUCUUGAGUCUCAACAACAUGUCGCCGAGCUCUUUGCUCGGGCCUUGUAUUCCACGAAGAAGUUUAGGAGGGAUCCAUCAUCUGAGUCCUAGAGGGAUCGUAAGGGUGAGCUCUUCUUUUGGGUAGUUUUGAUGUAAGACCUUUUGGAGAUGGGUUUUGUUGGUUUAGGGUUUUGGUGGGGUUUAGGGGCCUGUACUUGGGUUUUAGAGAAGCUAAGUAUGUGGCAUUUAAUGAAGGAUAGCUCCAGGGAAGCCAUGGUCUUCUCUCUGUGACUGUUGCUCUAACGGAUACUCCAUACUCCUGCUAUGUUAUAUGCAGCGUGAAUCUACUGAGAAAACUGAGAAUCCCCUUUACAGCAAAUAAAGGUUCUUCUUUUGUCUCCUUUGGCUACCUGGCUCUGUAUUAUAUGGUUAUUUUUUGUUAAACUAUAUGGAAAUUGUCAAGGUUGGAAGAGCACAGUCUAGUUUAUUGUUUCUGGAUUCUUGUCUGUAGAUGUCCUUCUAUCUUAUAUAACUACUCAGUCUUUCUUGAAGAUGUGACA